AUGGACUGCGUCAAGGUCAUUGGGUUGGAAGAAGGAUGGUCUCAUAUGGAGGUCGGAGUUGCAAAGGUCACAAGGAUUCUUGAGGGAUUGAAGGAGCCACCUGUUGAAUCUGAAUCUUAUAUCCAUCUCUAUACGACUAUCUACAACAUGUGCACACAGAAACCUCCUAACGACUACUCUCGGGAGCUUUAUGAUAGGUAUCGUCAAGUGUGUGAAGAUUAUCUUACUCAAAGGGCGUUGCCCUGUUUAAGGGAGAAGCAUUCUGUGUUUCUGCUGAGGGAGCUUGUUCUGAGGUGGUCUAAUCAUAAAGUCAUGGUGAGAUGGUUAUCCCGAUUCUUCCAAUACCUCGACCGUUGCUUCACUACUCGGAUAUCAGUUGCACCACUGAGAGAAGUUGGCAUGACAUGCUUCCGCGACCUGGUUUAUGAGGAGUUGCAUUCCAGGGCCACGGACGUUGUGAUAGAGCUGAUUAACGAGGAACGCGAGGGCGGACAGAUUGACAGGGCGCUAUUGAAGAACGUGUUGGAUAUCUACGUUGAGGCUGGGAAGGACCAAUACAAGAAUGAUUUCGAGACGUUGAUGCUUAAAGACUCCACAUCUUACUACUCUCGCAAGGCCGCAAGCUGGAUUCAAGAGGACUCUUGCCCUGAAUACAUGCAAAAGGCUGAGGAGUGUCUGAGGAAGGAGAAGGAGAGAGUCGCUCACUACCUCCAUUCAACCACUGAGGCAGGACUAGUUGAAAUUGUACAAAGACAAUUGUUGGUUGCGGUUGCGAAACAGCUUCUGGACAAAGAGCACUCUGGGUGCCGUGCAUUGUCAAGAGAUGACAAGGUGGAUGAUCUCUCCAGGAUGUACAGGCUUUUUCAACCAAUUGCCAAAGGGUUGGAGCCUGUUGCUGACGUCUUCAAGCAGCAUAUUACAGCAGAGGGGAAUGCCCUUAUCAAACAAGCCGAAGACGCAGCUACUAGUGGUGGCGUGCAGGAUCAGCUUCUUGUCACACAAAUAAUGGAGCUACACGAUAAGUACAUGGCCCAUGUCAUGGGCUCUUUCCAGAGCCACACCCUCUUCCAUAAGGCAUUGAAAGAGGCAUUUGAAGUCUUGUGUAACAAGAACGUGGCUGGAAGUUCCAGUGCAGAAUUACUUGCAACCUUUUGCGAUAAUCUCCUCAAGAAGGGAGGGAUUGAGAAGCUGGGUGAAGAGGCUGUUGAACAUACGCUUGAGAAUGUAGUCAAGUUGCUUGCUUAUAUAAGAGACAAGGAUCUGUUUGCCGAGUUUUACAGGGAGAAGCAAGCUCGUAGGCUCUUGUUUGAUCGGAGUGGUGGUGAAGAGCAUGAGAGUUGUAUACUUACAAAGCUCAAACAGCAACUCGGUGGCCACUUUACUUCUAAGAUGGAGGGCAUGGUGACGGAUAUGACUUUGGCAAAAGAUCAGCAGCUGUGCUUCGAGGCGUAUUUAAACACAUGCGUUGCCACAAAACCGGGGAUUGAUAUGACCGUGACUGUUCUCACCACUGGUUUUUGGCCAAGCUACAAAACGUCUGACCUCAAUCUACCCAGUGAAAUGAUCGAGUGUAUUCAGGUCUUCAAGGCAUAUUACGAACUGAGAACCAGUCACAGGAGACUUAUGUGGAUUUAUUCUCUGGGAACUUGUCAUGUCCUUGGAAGGUUUAGUGCAAGACCAGUCGAGUUAAUCGUUUCCACCUACCAGGCUGCUGUGCUUUUGCUUUUCAACAACACUGAAAGAUUAACAUACCAUGAGAUAGUUGAACAACUCAACCUUAGCCACGAAGAUGUUGUCAGGCUGCUUCAUUCCCUGUCAUGCGCAAAGUACAAGAUUCUUAAAAAGGAACCAAUGUCAAAGACCAUCUCUCGUACCGAUGUUUUCGAAUUCAACUCCAACUUCACCGAUAGAAUGCGGAGAAUUAAGGUGUCUCUUCCUCCAAUGGAUGAGCGGAAGAAGGUGCUUGAAGAUGUUGACAAAGAUAGACGCUAUGCGAUUGAUGCAGCUGUCGUGCGGAUCAUGAAGAGCAGGAAAGUGUUGCCUCAUCAACAGUUGGUCUCUGAAUGUGUUGCGCUUCUUAGCAAAAUGUUCAAGCCUGAUAUAAGGAUGAUCAAGAAACAGAUUGAGGAUUUGAUCAGCAGAGACUAUUUGGAGCGGAAUACCGACAAUCCUAUUCCUAACACUUUCAAGUACUUGGCUUAG